AUGGGUUGGGAUGUCCAUGCGACAACAAGACACCUUGACAGCGCUGCAGCCAAGUCAUUGCAAGCCAUUGGGGUGCAAUUCAGUGUUGGUGACUGGGAUAACGAGGAAACACUUAGAGAGCAAAUCGAAGGUUGCUCAAAGCUCUUCCUGGUCAUGUUUCCAACUCUCACAGAUCUUAGACGUGAGGUCGAGCAGGCUAAGCACAUCAUUUCAAUUGCGAAGGCCGCUGGGGUCAAACAAGUUCUAUACACCAGUGCUUAUGGAGUGCAAACUCCGGAGCGUAGCAAGCACUACAACCCCAACUCUCUUGUUACCGCCACUCUCGCUGCCAAAAAGGCCAUAGAAGACGAGAUACGCAACGCCAAUUUCGAAUAUUGGACCAUCAUUCGUCCAGGCUGGUUCAUGGCCAACUUCCUUGAACCGAAAGUCAAGAUGUAUGCUGGUCUCACUGAGACGAACACUUGGACCACUGGAAUCCUGCCAGAUUCGAGAAUGCCUCUUAUCGACCACGAAGAUAUCGCGAAAUUCACGAUCGCCGCAUUCAAAGAUCCAGUCAGGUUUAACGGCAGGGCAUUCGAGAUUGCAAGUGAUAUACGGUAUCUAGGAGACGUUAUAAAGUCGCUUGGAGAUGCUUCGCACAGGCAUAUAAAGAUCCAUUUUCUCACUGACGGUGAGAUAGACGCGCAAAAAAGCAAUCCGCUCGUUUCCAGUACACUAGUCUUGCGCGACAUGGCGCAGUUUGUGGACUUUGAUGAAGUGAAGUCCUGGGGCAUCCCAGUGACAACAUGGGAGGAUUUCUUGCGUCGUGAGAAAGAAGCAGUUGAGAAGACCUAUCCAUCACCUCCUUAA